AUGUUAUUUUUUUUAAAUCAAAUAGUGACGAGCGAUGAAAAGGGAACACAUUGCUGCCUAUAUAUCAUUCUGCUCUCAUCCAUAUCUAUCUAUCUAUCUAUCUAUCUAUCUAUCUAUCUACAGGUUCACAUCUAUCUAUCUAUCUAUCUAUCUAUCUAUCUAUCUAUCUAUCUAUUGUAUUCUAUUCCGAUCUAUCUAUCUAUCUAUCUAUCUAUCUAUCUAUCUAUCUAUCUAUCUAUCUAUCUAUCGAUGGUAUUCUAUUCCGAUCUAUCUAUCUAUCUAUCUAUCUAUCUAUCUAUCUAUCUAUCUAUCUAUCUAUUGUAUUCUGUUCCGAUCUAUCUAUCUAUCUAUCUAUCUAUCUAUCUAUCUAUCUAUCUAUCUAUCUCUUGUAUUCUGUUCCGAUCUAUCUAUCUAUCUAUCUAUCUAUCUAUCUAUCUCCUCGCUUCAUAUCUAUCUAUCUAUCUAUCUAUCUAUCUAUCUAUCUAUCUAUCUAUCUAUCUGAAUCUCUUCCUUUCAAUCUAUCUAUCAUCUAUCUAUCUAUCUAUCUAUCUAUCUAUCUAUCUAUCUAUCUAUCUAUCUGUUAUCUAUCGUAUUAUGUAUCUAUCUAUCUAUCUAUCUAUCUAUCUAUCUAUCUAUCUAUCUAUCUAUCUAUCUUUAUACUCCCUUGCGCGAAAAUACGAUGUCCAAAACGUCUGUCGCCAAAAUGUACCAAUUCUUCUGAGAAUUCUUCGCUCAGAAGUUUGGCGCGUUCCGAGCUUCUUAACUCCAUUCCUCUCGCUAUAUUUAUCUUUGCACUGUACUGAAAUUUUCUUAAUUAUUUAUUUUCUUUCUUUUUCUUUCUUUCGUUCUAUCUAUCUUAAUCCGUAUUUUCUUUUUUAUUUCUUUCUUUGUCUUUUCUAUCUAUCUAUCUAUCAAAAUUUUCUAUCUACAUCAAUAUUUUCUUUCUUUCUUUCUUUCUUUCUUUCUUUCUUUUUUAUUUAUAUCUUUGUAUUUUCUAUCUAUCUAUCUAUCUAUCUAUCUAUCUAUCUAUCUAUCGUAAUUAAAAUUUUCUAUCUAAAUCAGUAUUUUCUUUAUUUCUUAAUCUGUAUUUUCUUUUUUAUUUCUUUCUUUGUCUUUUCUUUUUAUCUAUCUAUCUAUCUAUCUAUCUAUCUAUCUUAA